AUGAUUGAAGACAGCUCGUCCCUCCCCGGCUACACGAUCUUUCAGGAGGAGGCCACAGAUGCGAUCCCUGAUCUGUCGGCGAAACCUCUCGGGCAUCCUCUUGAUCCGCUGUCAGUAGAUGAAAUCCGGGUCGCGGCGAAGCUCAUCCGAACUUAUGCCAAGUUUAACACGCUGAAGUUCAAUUGCCUCACCUUAAGAGAGCCGGAGAAGGGUUGCUAUGCUGCAUUCCGUGCAGGCAAGGGUCCUCGGCCCCCACGCCGUGCUUUCGCCAUUGUGCUAAAGAAAGGUACUAGCCAGUGUGCAGAGGUUAUCGCGAACCUCACGGCGUUGGAGGUUGAGUCCUGGAAGGCUGUGGCUGAAGUAGCUCCUACUUUGACGCUAGAGGACCUUGACGUCACGGAGAAAAUUGCCCGAAAAGACUCCAGAAUCGUUCAAUUAUGUCGCGAGGUUGGCAUAACGGACAUGUCCAAGGUGUACUUUGAUGCUUGGGCCAUUGGCUUUGACCACCGCUGGGGGUUUGAACGUCGUCUUCAACAGGGGCUACCGUACUACCGCAACUCGCAAUUGGACAAUCAGUAUGCGCACCCUCUCGACUUCUCCGUGGUUGUGGACACUGAAACUGAGGAGAUCUUGGCCAUCGAUGUCCGGCACGUCAACGGUGAGCGAACCAAGGUUCCGCUCGAGGAGCACAACUACCUGCCUGAGUUCGUCCAGAAUACGUAUGACGGUUCGAAGUUGAAACCCCUCGACAUAAUACAGCCUCAGGGUGUCUCCUUCGACAUGCAGGGGAAUGAGUUGUCUUGGGCAGGUUACAAGAUGCAUGUCGGCUUUAAUUACCGCGAGGGCAUCGUCAUCUCGGAUGUAAGAAUGCACGAUCAUUAUGAGCAACGCGAUCGUGCUCUGUUCAACCGCAUCAGCGUCGUUGAAAUGGUUGUGCCAUAUGGAAACCCAGAUCCUCCUCACCACAAGAAACACGCUUUCGAUGUAGGAGAAUACGGCAGUGGUCUCAUGACAAAUUCACUAAAGCUUGGAUGCGACUGCAAGGGCACCAUCCACUACCUGGAUGCCAUCAUGACUACAGCUCGAGGCGAGCCGGCCAUGGUCAAGAAUGCUAUCUGCAUCCACGAGGAGGAUAAUGGCCUCCUGUAUAAGCACACAGAUUUCCGCGACGGCAAAGUUAUUUCGGCCCGUGAUCGAAAACUCAUCAUCUCGCAGAUCAUCACGGCGGCUAAUUACGAAUACGCCUUUUAUCAUAGCUUCACACUGGAUGGGACGUACAAGUUAGAGAUGAAGUUGACGGGUAUGCUCAACACAUACUGCAUGCAUCCGACGGAGACGGCAGCGCCAUUUGGUACCGAAGUUGCCCCUCGACUCAAUGCCCAUAACCACCAGCACAUCUUCUCAUUGAGGGUGGACCCUGAACUCGACGGACCAAGCAACUCGGUUCUCCAAAGCGAUUCGCUGCCUUCAGAGGCACCAGUAGGAUCCCCAGAAAACCUCUAUGGCAACGGAUUCUACUGCAAGAACACCCCUCUGCGGACGGCCAAGGAGGGGGCAGCGGUAUACUGCCACGAGACGAGCCGGGUAUGGAGCAUCAUCAACCCGAACAGGAUCAAUCCUUCAGCCAAAAAGCCAGUAGGGUACAAGAUAAUCAACAACAACUGCCCGAUGCUCCUUGCCAAGCCAGGUAGUAUGGUCUUCAAGCGAGCCGCUUUUGCGCGUAAGAGCUUGUGGGUUGUGCCCUACAGGGAUUACGAGAUCUUCCCCGCGGGAGACUACGUUUGCCAGUCACGGGGAGAGGAGAACCACCCGCACAACACAACGAUUGCGGAUUGGGUUGCACGCGAUGAGCCGAUUGAGAACAGGGACAUUGUUUGCUACAUCCAAUUUGGUCUGACACACUUCCCGCGGACGGAGGACUUCCCGAUCAUGCCAGCGGAGCCGGUGAGCGUGACGCUUCGCGCAUCAAACUUUUUCCAGAAGAACCCUGCGAUGUGGGUCCCGCCAUCGUCAGUCAACGUUGACCGCUCUUCCAAAGACGCCUUUUGCCUAGCCGAGGGAAAGCCCUGCGCAAAGUUGUAG